AAAAUUUCCCAAAAAACGUGGAUCCGGCGUAUACUUUCAUUAUUGUUGUCAUACCUAACGAUUAACGGAGAUUAACGGAAAAUUCAGUUUUAAGACAUUUCAUCCGUUUCUUUCUCUCGCCCUCUCGCUAUCCAUCUGACUUGUCAUUGACGUCGAUGACUACCACGAUCACCGCGACUUUCACAACGAUAAUAAUAAGUUUGGUAGAUAAAUCCCUCACCUCAGAUUCAUCAAAUCUUGGAGCUUAAUUUAGGGUUUGAUCCAAGCCAAAUGGGGUUCAUCCUGUUCGCCGGGAGACUUCUCUUUGCUUCUCUCUUCAUACUAUCUGCUUAUCAACUGUAUCAUGAAUAUGGAACAGAUGGAGGGCCAGCUGUAAAGGUUCUUGAACCGAAACUUGAUGUGUUCACUAAAUUGAUUGCUUCUAAAGCCGGCAUACAAAUUCCUGAAAUUGAUACAAAACAUGUAGUUGCAGCAGUGAUUGUUCUUAAAGGCUUUGGUGGAGUUGGCUUCAUAUUUGGUAGCUAUGCUGGUGCCAUUUUGCUGGUUCUGCAUCAGCUUGUUUUUACACCUAUAUUGUAUGAUUUCUACAACUAUGAUGUUGAAGACGCAGAAUUCGGUCAACUUUUUACUAAAUUCACACAGAAUAUGGCUUUGCUUGGAGCUUUAUUAUAUUUCAUAGGAAUGAAACACUCGAUAUCAUUGCGUCAACAAAGAAAGAAAAUCGGGUUACUGAUUCCUCAAUCCUGCGCCUACACAAUCCAAAAACCCAACACUCCCAGACGCCGUCUCCAUCUCCGGCCACACCAGACGCCGACAUCUCCAUUAAGAUUAAAAAAUUGGGGAGAAGAAAAAAAGUGCCACUAUUUUCAUACGCCUAGUUUCUGCUGCAGGGACAGGUUUCUUCUAUGUUAAGAAGAAGAACCCGAGGAAGAUACAGACAAAGCUUGAAUUCCGAAAGUAUGAUCCUCGUGUUAAUCGCCAUGUCCUCUUCACUGAAGCCAAGAUGAAGUAGUUAAAAGCUUUAAUAGAUGAUAAGUUUCAGAAAACACCCUUCCCUUUUCAUAUCCCAUCUUACUGUUGAAACUUCUUUGUCAUUCCAUAACAAGAAGUAUGCUUUGUAUGUGGCUUCUUUAUGUUUCCUGUAACACUCUUGAGUACUUUAAUCUGUGAUAGAAAUUUGUUCUGUUGAUUUAUCCAUCUUUUAUACUACUAGUCUUUUCUUUUCAUUUAUGUUCUCAUUCCAAGGCUUUGGAGGGCUGGUUUAUUAUGGUGGAUAGCGUUUAUCAUUAGACCGGAGGGUGUAGGUGGG